UAUUUUUGGUAGAGUGUAAAAGUGAAGUAAAAAGUGCUUAGAAAUUUAUCAAUUUUCAAAGUAUUCAUAAACAUUUACUUUAAAAGUCAUUAAGAAACACAGACUGUACAGUACACCAAAGCCGGGUACCAUCGAGUGCAAAAGAAAUCAACUUUAAUUUCGUCUUUUGGGUAAUAUGCAAAAUUUAUCAAAUAAAAUCAAAUACAUGAGACUCCAGUAAAACAGCUGAUUUACCACAGCUGUUGACGCGAAGAAAUAAAAGCUUUAAGCUGUUAGCAAGGACACAAACCAAACUCUCCCUGUUAAGCCUGUCUGUGGAGACUUAAUAAAAAGCUCUAAGUCGAUCUGUCAGCUGUAUACAAUCAGCUGACUGGAAUCGACUAAACAUUAACAUGAGCUCUCCAGGUGCAAUUAUUGAUAGCAUCAACUCUAUCUCAAGCGAAAUAAGGAAACAACUUAGAGACUCUGGAAACAUAAAGCGCGAAAUGAAAAAUGCAAUUACAGGUGAAAUAGUGAAGCUAAUGGCGCUUGUCCCUUUGAUUGAGGCCCUCAAAGUAAAUAUUAAUUCCGAUGCGGGAGAUAGAAAUUCGAUUGAGACGUUAAGGUCAGUGGUUAGAGAAAAGCUAGCAUUUCUUAAAGAAGCAUCUUUGCCAAAGAUUGGGCACGUGGUAACCAACAUAAGCUACUCCGGUGUUGUUAAAAACCAAACUGCAUUGCAGGAAGUAGGUGCUAAGCCCAGCAUUGUUCUCAGCGCUACUACCGACCCAAAUGCAAGCCACGAAGACGUAAUUAAAGCCUUCCGAACGGAAAUAACUUUUAAAGAUACAAACUUCGCGCCAGCCAAAAUGGUUAAAGUAUCAAACAACAAAGUGCGUGUCGAGUUUGAUGACACAGACCAACGCGACAUAACGCUCCGCAAGUUGUCUAAUGUCACGAACCUCAGCGCAGAAAACGCAAAGAGUAAGCGUCCACUAGUUAUAGUAAAAGGCAUUCCUAAAGACGUCAAACCAAAUGAAUUGGUGGAAACCAUAGCAAUGCAAAACUCAACUGUCUGCAAAGAAAUCAAUGAAGACGGAGAUAUAAAAUUGUGCUUCCAAAAGGAAAAUCGAAGGAAUAAUGAUAUUAUGUAUAAUGCGGUACUCGAAGUGACAGCUAAAGUGAGAAAUGCAGUGUUGAGCUCUGGCCGCUUAAAUAUCGAGUAUAUGCGAGUAAAUGUCUCUGAUUUUAGUAACCUUACUCAAUGCUACAAGUGUCUUCAAUUCGGCCAUGCUAGAAGGAAAUGUAAUUCAGCAUCAACUUUUUGCUCCCACUGCGCCGAAAAUAACCAGUACCUGUCCAAAUAAAGACCAACCUGAGAAG